AUAGGAGUAACUGGAGAUCUAGUAGGCUUAGCACUAACACAAGCACUUAACUUAUCGUCCUCAUUGCAAUAUGGAGUUAGACAAAGUGCUGAUGUUGUAGAUCAACUAACAUCUGUAGAGCGUAUAUUGGAAUACAGUCAAUUAGAGCCAGAGAUACAGCCAGAAGUACCACAGAAAGUAUCUUCCGACUGGCCAUCAAAUGGGAAAAUUGAAUUCAAACAAGUUUUUUAUCGGUAUUCCGCUGACGAUGAACCAGUUUUGCGUGGAUUAUCAUUCUCUGUGAAACCCAAAGAGAAAAUCAGUGUCGUUGGCAGAACGGGAGCUGGGAAGUCAUCAUUGAUCAGUUCAAUUUUCCGGUUGGCUAUCGUCGACGGCGACAUACUGUUGGACGAUGUCAAUACAUCUUCGGUUGAUUUGAAAGUCUUGCGAUCGAGAAUAUCGAUUAUACUUCAAGAACCGAUUCUUUUCUCGGGCACUUUACGAAGGAAUUUGGAUCCAUUCGAAGAAUUUUCGGACGACGAUAUCUGGAAUGCGCUUGAAAAUGUUGAGCUAAAGGAAUUCAUAUCGAAGCACAACGGGCUGCAAAUGCCUGUUCUAGCUCAUGGGCAGAAUUUCAGCACUGGUCAACGACAAAUCUUAUGUUUAGCGCGUGCAACUUUAAGAAAAAAUCGCAUCAUAAUUCUGGACGAAGCAACUGCCAAUGUUGAUCUGCGAACUGAUGAAAUGAUUCAAAAGACAAUACGUGAGAAAUUUGUCGACUCAACAGUUAUAACAGAGGCUCAUCGACUUAAUACUGUCAUCGAUUCAGAUCGGGUUAUAGUUAUGGAUGCUGGCGUUGCGAUUGAAUUCGAUGCACCGUACUUACUGAUGCAAAACAAAAACGGAGUUUUCCGGAAAAUGGUCAAAGCAUUGGGUCAACAAGAGUAUGAUCACUUACAUUCCAGGGCUAAAGAGAAAUAUGAGAACUUCAAGAAUAAGAAAACUUCUGAUGGGAAUCUUCAUUAAUAGAAUAGACUGGGAGUGUUUAAAUUUGAUAGAUAUAGUGUCACUGUUAUUUAUUUACCAAUAUAUUGAGUUUUUAAAAAAACGGUUGUGUAUAUUCAGAAUCAAGAUGG